AUAGGCUGAAGACGAACAGCAGUUGAUUAUUAGAGAAACUUUUCAAUUGGUUUCCAGUCGUGACGAUAGGAUCUGUAAUUUCCUUCACGCGGGGAUACUGGUCGGUGGAUCCGAUUUUAAGCUUAUUUAUAGACAUUACGCGACUCUUUAUUUUGUGAUCUGUGCGGACACGGCUGAGAGUGAACUCGGGAUCCUUGAUUUAAUUCAAAUUUUUGUUGAGGCGCUGGACAAAUGUUUUGACACCGUUUGCGAGUUAGAUCUCAUUUUCAACACUGACAAGGUGCAUAGCAUACUGAAUGAGAUAGUGAUGGGAGGUUUGGUUCUCGAGACUAAUCUACAGGAGAUUCUGCAUCGGAUUGACGAACAGACAAAACUUGAG